UCGUGCGCUGCUUCGGCUUGUUGCUUACCAUCACUUCAUCACUCUGCCAAUUUUACUACUGCACGACGGUUGUGUGUGAGCCAGCGACAGUGUCGUUUUCAUUUUCUGGCCUUUAUAUUUCCGUUCCUCCCGAGCAUAAGUGAAAAGCAUCAAACAAACCAUGAAGAAUCUGAUGUUCUUUAUGCUGAUGGUCCUCCCCAUCGUCAUUUGCACCUUCUCAGCACCAAACAAAUUCGGAGCCUAUGCCGCCGAAGCUGUUGAGGACGAUCUGGUGGAUGUGGACAGCGAAGAGGGAGCCGUGACGGGCGAAGAUGCAGAUACCGAUGAGGACACGGACAAGGGGAGCAGCGCCUCGCCGAAUGCGGACACCUAUCUGCUGUUCACGAAACCUCUGUACACGCCCGGUCAGCAGCUGGAUCUGCCCGGUGGCAAGCCAGUGGAAUUCCUGAUCGGCUUCACCAACAAGGGCGCCGAGGAGUUUGUGAUCGAGACUGUCGAGGCCUCUUUCCGUUACCCCAUGGACUUCAACUACUUCAUCCAGAACUUCUCGGCGGUGGCCUACAAUCGUGAGGUGAAGCCCGGCUUUGAGUCGACCGUUUCGUACACGUUCCUGCCAUCGGAUCAGUUUGCUGGACGUCCAUUUGGACUGAACAUUGCCCUGGCCUAUCGCGAUGCCAAUGGCAUUCAGUACAACGAGGCUGUCUUCAACGAGACCGUUCUUAUCUCUGAGGUCGAUGAAGGACUCGACGGCGAGACCUUCUUCUUGUACGUCCUCCUGGCCGGCAUUGUAGUCCUUCUACUGGUCAUUGGCCAGCAAUAUUUGCUGGGCAGCUCAGGCAAGCGCAAGCGUGCCGCUGCCAAGAAGAUCAUUGAAACUGGUACAGCCAACGACAGCACCAUCGACUACGAUUGGGUCCCGCAGGAAACGCUGCGUGUUCUGCAGAAAUCGCCUCCCAAGUCAAAGACGCCAAAGACCUCACCCAAGCCGGGCAAGCAGGCCAGUCCCAAGGUGGCCAGUCACCAAAGUCCCAAGCAGCGCAAGGUGAAACGUUCUGCGGGCGAUGACUAAAUGCAAAGACUGGGCGCCAGGACAGAACCACAGAGUUCAACCAAACAACUCCAACAGAAACGAACUCCAGAAACAACCCCUCCCUCCCCCACCAUUUCAUCCUGUAGGGAGCAAAAGCAUUACGUUUCCAAUAAUAUUUACGUAGAGUAGAGAUCCAUAUAUAUCAUUUUCGAUCAUAUAUAGAAAUAUUAUCAUACUUUUUUUUUUCGUUUAUCGUUUAUCGCGAGAUUGUUAGUGUUAAUCCAUGAAAAAAAGAAAUGAAAAUAGUCCAUGAUUUCCAUAGAAUUUCCACAAAGUGAAUUUGAUUAUUCCCCCAAAUAUGAUUUCUGCACAUACUCCAACAACCACAGGAGGAACAAGAGAAAGGAAAACUUAAAACAAAACAAAA